AGGUUUGCUGUAAAAGUAAUGUUAUCUCCUUAAAUCUAUUGCAUAUAUUUAGCAUAGUGAACAAACUACGUGACCCGAGUGUAGGUGUACUUGUUUUGCAUACAGACAUGGCACAUGUGGAAAAUUCCAACAAAAAAUCCUGCGACAUCUGUCAGCGUAUGAACUCGGUUGAACUUGCUACGUCACGAUGUAUCGACUGCUGUGACGAUCUGUGCGAGAAAUGCGCCAACUGCCACCACGCUAACCGUUUGUCUAUGGAACACCGCGUGCUGUCGCUAGAUGAUGCAGAAACAGCGGACUGUUGUUCUAACAUGACAUUUUUUUGUGAAAAACAUGCUGAUCGGAAACUAGAGGUGUAUUGUUUUGAUCAUGAACAGGCUUGUUGUUUGAUGUGUGCAACGACAGAGCAUCGAAAAUGUGAGAAGGUUGAAAAUUUGGAGGAAUGUGCUAAACAGGCAAGUGAUAGUAAUGAAGUAAAGAAAUUGCGAGAAUUGCUGGAAAAUUUGAAAGGAGAAUGUACAGACGAUACAGCUAACAUUACUAAAAGUAAAGAGAAAUUCCAUGUUCAAGUUAAUGAUGUUCGUUCGCAUAUACGAUCAAUAAAACAGUCGAUGGUGGAAUUUUUGAACGAGAAAGAGGCUGAAUUUAUAGAACAACUAGAGAGGGUUGAGAGGGACAAAAACACACAAUUUGUGGAUAAGAUCGAAAUGUUAUCCGACUUUCAGGUAUAUCUUGAUAACGACAUUGAAAAAUUAAAAAAUCCAAACGAUAAAAACAAGAUAUCACUUUUCCUUGCAAUGAAGGAAAUACAGAAAAAUUAUAAAUCCCUUAAAGAAAAUUUAGGUGCAGUUCAAUCCAGUUAUAAAAGUGUUGAUAUAAAAUUAGAGGAUGACGCCAUUCUGACAAAAGUUCUGCAAGAACCAAAACCAUUUGGCGAACUUGUUGUCGAGGAAACGGACACAAAUUCAAAGACAGAUUAUUUGAAUUCCACAUUAGUUCUGGAAAGUGUCUUGGUUAAAUCUGGAUGCAGACUGACAGACGUUGAAGCCAUUAGAGACGACCAUGUUCUUGCAAUAUGCGACAAUCACAAUUUAUUGGAUCUCUUCCAUAUUAACGAAUGUCAUGUUGCUUCGAGUAAAUUGUCAGGGAAACCUUGGGCAAUGACAAAAACAGGUGAAUUGUCGGUUGCAGUCACCAUUCGCUCACCCCGUUCAAGCAUAGAAUUUGUUGAUUUGGCAAUGGACAAAAGCCCCUUUCUAACUACUACCAAAAUACUCAAUCUAUCAUUCAAACCGAAUGGAAUUGCUUGUGACAAUGGUACUCUCAUUGUCUCCUCAACCGAUGGAUUGCUCCGACAUAUUGACGACAACGGAACCAUUCUACACACCGUAACAGUCAAAAAGGGCUACGUAUAUGGACUUUGUCUUUAUUCUAGACGUAUCAUUUAUUCGCACCAUAUUGAAAAUGGUAAAGUUUACGUUCUGCAUGAUGAUAAACUGGGAACCCAAGAAUUUACAUUCGAACACGAACAUUUGAGCUAUCCUCUAGGAGUUUCUUGUGAUCCUGAUGGUAAUAUCUACAUUGUGGGGUGCAGUACCAACAAUGUAUUACAAAUGAACAUGAAUGGUGAAUUUGUGAGACAGAUUCUUUCUAAAGACAAAGACAAAGCAAUCGACAAUCCGAUGGCAGUUCGUGUAGCUGUAAUGGGAUCUAGACCGAGGCUUUUACUAACAUGUCAGAACGAAGUCAGACUGUACAAUUUUGAAUCUUGUGGAUCAAAAAGUCAGACCGAGGAGAAGUAAAACUGUAGCGCAAAAAUGUCAACAGAUUCAACAAAGAAGAUGUUGUUUGUUUUAUU